GGAGCAGCUGUUAGCGCGGGGCCUCCACGAUGAGGCCGACGCUUACCCUAUGCCUCCUCUGGCAGGCCUUCUGGCCGGGUCCGAGCCGUGGCGAGCACCCCACUGCGGACCGCGCGGGCUGCUCCGCCUCGGGGGCCUGCUACAGCCUGCAUCACUCGACCAUCAAGCGGCAGGCGGCCGAGGAGGCCUGCAACCUGCGCGGCGGGGCGCUCAGCACCGUGCGUGGAGGCGCCGAGCUCCGCGCAGUGCUCGCUCUCCUUCGGGCAGGCCCGGGUCCCGGAGGGGGCUCCAAAGACCUUCUGUUCUGGGUGGCGCUGGAGCGCAAGCGAUCCCACUGCACCCUGAAGGACGAGCCGUUGCGAGGUUUCUCCUGGUUGUCCCCCGACGUCGGCGGGUCCGAAAUCGACACGCUGCGGUGGGUGCAAGAGCCCCAACCCUCCUGCACUGUGAGGAGUUGUGCGGGACUCCAGGCCACCGGGGGAGUAGAGCCGGCAGGCUGGAAGGAGAUGGGCUGCUACAGACGCGCCAACGGCUACCUGUGCAAGUAUCAGUUUGAGGGCUUGUGCCCCGCACCUCGCCCCGGCGCUGCCUCUAACUUGAGCUACCGCGCGCCCUUCCAGCUGUACAGCGCGGCGCUGGACUUCAGUCCCCCCGGGACCAAGGUGAGUGCGCUCUGCCCCGGGCAGCAGUCCAUCACAGCCACUUGCAUCGUGGACGAGGUCGGCGCUCGCUGGGACGGGAUACCCUCCGGGGCCGUGCUCUGUCCCUGCCCUGGGAGGUACCUCCGUGCUGGCAAAUGCUCCGAGUUCUCUGAUUGCCUAGACGACUCAGAAGGCUUUGCCUGUGAGUGUGCUGCGGGCUUCCUUCUGGGGAAAGACAGACGCUCUUGUGUAAUCAAUGGAGAAGGACAACUUAACCCCGAGGGAACCAAGGUGCCUACCAGUCACCCGCCGGCCACUGGAGCAAGUCCCAUGCCGAGGAGAACGUGGUCACCCAGGGUCCAUGAGAAACAAGGAGAGAUACCCCAUAUCCCUGGACAAGGCAGUUCAGCAACAUAUAUUCCCGACAUUCCUGGGUGGGAAGCACAGAGCACGAUGCCUACCCUUCAAAUGUCCCCUCAAUCCAACUCAAAGGCUGCCAUCACUUCUUCAGGAAGCGUUAUUAUUCCCAAGUCUAAUUCCACGUCUUCCUCUGACAUUCCCCAGGUUUCGGACUCCUCCUCCACCGUGGUCUUCAUACUUGCGAGCAUAGCAGUAGUAGUGUUGGUGAUCUUGACCAUGACAGUACUGGGGCUUUUCAAACUCUGUUUUCACAAAAACCCUUCCUCCCAGCCACGAAAGGGGCCUUUGGCCUCUCCUGGUGUGGAGAGUGAUGCUGAGGCCACUGAUCUGCGUUCCAGUUCGGCACAUUAUGCAGACAAUGGGGUGAAGGUCUCAGUCUGAGGGACAGAGCAGAGGGCGCCUCGCUGACUGGGUCUUCUUUGGGCUCCGGAGAUACAUAGGGAAACUGGACAGCGAGCUAUUAUUGUGUGCAGAUUUUCACUUUCAGUGAAAAGGGAAAAGGAAAAGAGGAGCUUAUCUGUGGAACUGACAACUCCUACAGAAGUUCCCUUCCCCUAAAUUCCCUCUACUCCACCGAGGAGGAGCUACAUCAGAACUGGGGGCUCCUUCUCUAUCUAAUACUGAAGAAGUGGAAGUACCUUAGGGUGGUACAGGGGGGCCCGGGAUUCCAUUGGGGAGAGCUAUUAUCUUGUGUUUAUCCUGGGGGAUUUCAAGAAGUGAUUGAACCUUUUAAGACAUUGGAAGCAAACAGAAAACAAUACAAUUUUUAAAAAUUUUAUUUUCACCUUGAUGGAAAGAAAAACUCUUCCUACUCUGUUUUGACUGGGGGUAUAUUGGUUUAAAAUUCCCAGAUAAUCAAUA